AUGACUGGUCAGCCAGCUGAGAGGGAGCGGUCUCCUCACAAUCUGUCAGUGAAGGCAACACUGGAGGAGGAGAUCGAGAGAGCUGAGAGUAUUCUGAGCAGGGUACCAUCUGUGUGUGAUGACACAUCCUCAGAGCUACAAAGGGUCGCUGCUCUCGACCCUCAUGAAGGAAACUCCAGAAACUCUUUUCAAAGGAGUGGAGCGAUCUCAAGACUGGUGAGCCUGGUUUUGAGACUGAGGGAAUGGGCACAUAGAAGCCUGUUAGAGGAGGAGGAAAGACCAGACUCUUUCCUAGAGAGAUUUCGUGGUCCUGAGCUGAGAAUCGCCCCGAGCCGCAGCAGCAACACACAGCCUGAUGCAAAUGGUAACAACACCAAAGGGAUCUUUAGGAAAAAAUGGGAUCUCUUUGUGGUGUCUCCAGCCGAUAAUGCUUACUACCGCUGGUUGUUUGUCAUUGCCACAGCUGUGCUCUACAACUGGUUCCUUGUUGUAGCCAGGGCGUGCUUUGACAAGUUACAGGUGAGCAAUUACAUCUGUUGGCUGGUGUUGGACUACAUCUCUGACCUUGUGUACAUCAUGGACACCUGCGUCCGACUACGCACAGGUUUUCUGGAACAAGGUUUGCUGGUGAAGGACCAUGCCAAGCUUAGAGACAGCUACGUCCGAACAUUACAGUUCAAGCUGGACAUUUUGUCCAUCCUGCCCACUGACCUGGCUUAUAUCUCCACUGGCAUCCACACCCCACAGCUCAGGUUUAACCGCCUGCUGCGCUUCCCACGCAUGUUUGAAUUCUUUGACCGCACAGAAACGCGCACUAACUACCCCAACAUCUUCCGCAUCUGUAACCUGGUGCUCUACAUCCUGGUCAUCAUUCACUGGAACGCCUGCAUCUAUUAUGCUAUCUCUAAAUCUCUGGGGUUUGGCUCGGACACGUGGGUGUUUCCAAACAUCUCCAAACCAGAGUAUUCCUCGCUGACUCGGAGUUAUGUCUACUGUCUGUACUGGUCCACACUUACUCUCACCACAAUCGGAGAGAUGCCAGCACCAGUGCGAGAUGAGGAGUACCUUUUUGUGGUCUUUGACUUUCUUGUUGGAGUGCUGAUAUUUGCCACAAUUGUUGGAAAUGUUGGCUCCAUGAUUGCCAACAUGAAUGCCACUCGUGCCGAGUUUCAGGCUCGGAUAGAUGCCAUCAAGCACUACAUGCACUUCCGCAAAGUCAGUAAAGAACUGGAGACACGUGUGAUUAAAUGGUUUGACUACCUCUGGACCAAUAAGAAAGCUGUAGACGAGCAGGAAGUGCUGAAGAACUUGCCAAACAAACUGCGGGCUGAGAUUGCUAUUAAUGUUCACCUGGAGACACUGAAGAAAGUACGGAUUUUUCAAGACUGUGAGGCAGGACUGCUGGUUGAGCUCGUGCUCAAACUCCGCCCGCAGGUCUUCAGCCCAGGAGACUACAUCUGCAGGAAAGGGGACAUAGGGAAGGAGAUGUAUAUCAUUAAAGAGGGGAAGCUGGCUGUGGUGGGCGAUGACGGGGUCACACAGUAUGCUCUCCUCACAGCCGGGAGCUGCUUCGGGGAAAUCAGCAUCCUGAACAUAAAGGGAAGCAAGAUGGGGAACCGGCGUACAGCCAACAUUCGCAGCUUGGGUUACUCUGAUCUCUUCUGUCUCUCCAAGGACGACUUGAUGGAGGCUGUGACCGAGUACCCAGAUGCUAAGACUGUUCUAGAGGAGAGGGGCAGAGAGAUCCUGAUGAAGGAGGGUCUGCUGGAUGAGAACGCAGAGAGCGGUGGGCUGCAAAAAGAGGACACAGAGGAGAAGGUGGAGAGGCUGGAAUCCUCUCUGGACACUCUUCAGACUCGUUUUGCCCGUCUGCUCAGCGAGUACACGCACACUCAGCUGCGGCUGAAACAGCGCAUCACUCUGCUGGAGCGGCAGCUGAACCAAACAGACUGUGGAGCAGAUGCAAGCGAUGACAAUGACGCAGGUGCAGAGACUACCAAUGAAACUAACUCUGGACCUGAUGGGUCUUCACGUUGGAAUGGUGCGCAAAAAGAGGACAUAAAGAGACCAACAUCAAAACAUUAACUGUCAUGAUUAGGAUAUCUCUACCCUCAUUGUCUCAAAGAUUCAUUUUGAGUAUAGCAAAACAUCAUGAUGCCUUUUUAGCCUAAAAAGUAAGAAUGUUUUCUCACUUCAGCUGAGUGUAAAGAGAAGUAUGCAUGCCAAUA